AUGCAGCUGUACCAUCCUCACGCGCCGCCGGAGGAGCCCGGCACGCCGUCCUCCUCCCCGGAGGACAAGCUGCUGGCCAGCCCGCGGGCCAUCAACAACCUGGUGCUGCAGGGCUGCUCGUCCAUCGGGCUGCGCCUGGUGCUGGAGUACCUGUACACGGCCAACGUGACCCUCUCCCUGGACACGGUGGAGGAGGUGCUGUCGGUCAGCAAGAUCCUGCACAUCCCGCAGGUCACCAAGCUGUGCGUGCAGUUCCUCAACGACCAGAUCUCGGUGCAGAACUACAAGCAGGUGUGCAAGAUCGCCGCCCUGCACGGCCUGGAGGAGACCAAGAAGCUGGCCAACAAGUACCUGGUGGAGGACGUGCUGCUGCUCAACUUCGAGGAGAUGCGCGCCCUGCUCGACUCGCUGCCCCCCCCAAUUCGUUCCAAUAAGAAAAUGCUGUUACUGGUUGGAGGAUUGCCUCCCGGACCUGACCGGCUACCCAGCAAUUUGGUUCAGUAUUAUGAUGAUGAAAAGAAGACGUGGAAAAUACUGACAAUCAUGCCAUAUAACAGUGCCCACCACUGUGUCGUGGAAGUGGAAAACUUCUUGUUCGUAUUGGGAGGGGAAGACCAGUGGAACCCUAAUGGGAAACACAGUACAAACUUUGUUAGCCGAUACGAUCCCAGGUUUAACAGCUGGAUACAACUUCCACCCAUGCAAGAGAGGAGGGCCAGUUUCUACGCCUGUCGCCUCGACAAGAACUUGUAUGUGAUCGGCGGAAGAAACGAAACUGGCUACUUGUCCAGCGUGGAGUGCUAUAAUUUAGAGACGAAUGAAUGGCGCUAUGUGUCUUCCUUACCGCAACCUCUGGCAGCCCAUGCAGGAGCGGGGUAUAUUUACUUUGCAGGAGGUGUUCACAAUGGAGAGUAUGUCCCCUGGCUAUACUGUUAUGACCCUGUGAUGGACGUCUGGGCCCGAAAACAGGACAUGAACACAAAGCGAGCAAUCCACACUUUGGCUGUAAUGAAUGAUCGACUGUAUGCAAUUGGAGGAAACCAUUUGAAAGGUUUCUCCCAUCUUGAUGUCAUGCUUGUGGAAUGUUAUGAUCCAAAAGGCGACCAGUGGAAUAUUCUUCAGACUCCUAUUUUGGAGGGCCGCAGUGGCCCUGGCUGUGCGGUCCUGGAUGACAGUAUUUACCUUGUAGGAGGCUACAGCUGGAGUAUGGGGGCCUACAAAUCUUCUACAAUUUGCUAUAGUCCUGAGAAAGGGACUUGGACAGAACUAGAAGGAGACGUUGCUGAGCCUCUCGCAGGCCCUGCUUGCUCAACUGUCAUACUGCCAGCCUGCGUACCGUACAACAAAUGAUAGUCAGGGAGCACUGACAUGAACACUGAUUGCAUUUGGGAAAAUGAUGACGGGUGACGUAAAUAUUUUAAUAGAACAGACUUCCUGUUAAAACAAAUCUACCAUAAUUGACCCCUUACUGCAUAUUUAUACUUUAGGAGCAAACUAAAAGAAGACAAAAACAAAGUGUUGUCCCAUCUCAGAUAGAUGCCGGUGUCUUAUGAAGCAAGUAGCUAAAACACACCGAACAUUACAUGCUGACAGACUGCCAUUUCAGACUGAUUUUAACUUUUUCCUGCUGCAGAGAUAUUCCUCACAUCAAAUUUAACUUAAAAAAAAAAAAAAAGAAGGCUAAAUGUUCAAAUACAGCCUGAAGAGACAAGAUCGGUAUUGUGCAUUGUAUCUACCUGCAUGUGAUCUGUGUUGAAGUCACGAGGAUGUUGUUUUCAUGAAUGCUUCAGAAUUCAGAUAGUGAAAAGCUCACACUGCAUUGCAGAAUUGUCUCCUCCUCUGUAAUCCUAACCUACAGCUACUUCACAUGCUCUGCAAGCAACACAGCAUCAGAAGAUCAUUAAAGGUAAAGAAAUAUCAUUCAGUUUUUGCACAGCUUGGCUUCUAAUACACUCUGCCUUCAAAGUCCCCCCGUGUAAGUGCAGCAGAAAGCAGACUACAAUGAAAGCCAUGCUUUACAGAGCACUUCUUGCAGUAGCAGUUCAGGGAUUAGGAUCAAAUCCUUCUCCUAAUCACACUGGUGUACAUUCAGAGUCACUUCACUGAAAUCACAUGGAGUGACUAUUUUUAAAUUAGCAUAACAGAAUUUUUCUCCUAAACCUUAAAUUCUGGGUUUGUGAAGGAAGUUAUUUCCGUGACCACUUAACAAAGCACCAGAAGCCAUGUUUAUUUUCACCAGUCUGUUAGAUAUGAACAUAGCUGCUAUUUGCUUCCAAAGACAAGAACACUGAAUUUAAGUGUAUUACUUUGGACUCUUAAAGCAUUAUGUACAAUAUUGAAGAGACACUGGAAAGUAGUUAAGAUCCCAUGAGUGACUGGUCUUAAAACAUAUUCUAAAAGAUUUUUACUAUUGAUCCAAAGUAAUGCGAAGCUAGACUUACACUGCCUUAUAGCUUGUGUAAUGGUUUACACAUUGCAAAGCAAGUUCAGAAUGCUGCCACAUAGGACCAGUAGCAUUUAGGACUCACUUUACGAACACAUACUUGCUUACACAAAUCAAGCUAUCCAUGUUGUAAGCUUAUGUCUUUCUGUCCUGGCUUUGCAGAAGCAAAGACAAAAUCUGAGCCUGAUUGUUCACCACUUUGCGGUUAACAGAAAUCUACACCUCAGCACAGUAUACGUAAAAUUCUUCCAUCGUGGUUUACUGGUGCUUUGCAUCCAUUACCCUCAGGGCUGUCUUCUUCACUGAUAUAAAUUGACAUUGUGAAGCCAAUGGGUGUACUCUGGUUUUUGUCAGCUAAGAAUCUGGCCUUUAAUUUGCAUAAUUGUAACCGGCUGCAUCAGAUAAAAGGCAAAGAAGACUCAUCCUGCAUUUCCAAACCUGUGCAUAUCUUUCAUGAUAGGACUUAAUGCCAGUGCAUUAAGCAAGAAGCCGGCAACUACUGUAGGUUGGUUUCUGCUGCAGAGGCUACAGAUGGGAGGAAUAGAACUCAUUGUUUGCUUUGCAAAAUAGGAAGAGGAUGAAUGUACUCAGAAAUUACGCUAUAUAUUGAAGCUUGAGAGCAAUAUAAAUAAUGGAGAGCAAAUACCAUGGGACUGUUUCUCUCUGGCAUCAGUCCAGUUUUAUUGCAGUGCAACUCCCUUGCCUCCAGCAGAAUUACACAAUUGUAAAAUUGGAGUAAUGCAGUAAAGACUGAUACCACACAAAUGCAAUAAACCAAUUGAUGAGGUAGCUGCACGCCUGGAAAAAAAUUGUUUAAACAAAAUAAUUAUCUGAAGAUGCUAAUAUGUGAAUGUGCCAUUGGGGAGUUUUCCAGUGAGCGUCACUAAGGAACUCAUAAAGGUGGAGUGUAUAUCCUGAAAUCUCAGUCCAUUUCUACUAUAUAGUGCAAUCUUAGUUGGUUUUGUAUUUAUUUAUAUUGUUCAGAUCCAAGGGAUCCCUUGUAAAAUAUAUUUGGUGCAAUCAUGACUUUUUUUUCCUUUCCUGUUGAAAGUAUAUAAAUAUAAAUAUAUAUAAAAAGGAAACUGUUAAGGUACUAAAUGAGGAAACCUUGAAAGACACUUAAGAUCAGGAUAAGGUCUGCCAUUGAACACUGAUUGUCACCUGUCUCUACUAAAAUGUACCAUUUGUAAAGGAUAUUUGUUGUCCUUUUAAGUGGUUCUUUUUUUACCAAGGUAAUUUAAAGAUUUAUGAGGACUGUAUGUAAAUCUUUCUAUCUUUCAGGAAGGCAUGACCAAGGAAAGUGCUAACUGAACAAGUCACACAAAGAAUGUAAAUUUUGUACAGUAUUAGACUGUGUAAAUGAGGCUUGCUUGUAGGGGGAAAACUUUAAAUAAAACUUUAUGUACUAAUUCAACUGUCUGCCAUAUUCCUACUUAUAAAGUGUAUGUAUAAAUAAUAUCUACAUUAAAUUCUUUGGAACUUUUUUAUCAU